AUGUCGUACGAAGACAAGAAGGAUGCCCUCCCCGGGUACGGCAAUGACAAGGCCGUCGCCACCCUCGAGGCUGGCUCCGUCGAUGAGAUUCCCGCUGGCGAGCUCAACGCCUUCGGUCAGAUGCAGGGUGAGCAGCUGACCCACCAGCUCAAGCCUCGUCAUCUUGCCAUGAUUUCCAUCGGUGGUGUCAUUGGUACAGGUCUCUUCGUCGGUACCGGUGGUGCUCUCGCCCAUGCUGGUCCCCUCGGUCUCUGGCUCGGUUACAUGCUCAUGGGAUCCGUCUGCUACAGUAUGAUGAUGUGUCUCGGUGAGAUGAUCUCCUACCUCCCCAUUCCCGGAGGACCCAUCAAGCUCGCUGAGCGAUUCGUCGGCAAGCCCCUCUCCUUUGCCCUUGGUUUCAACUACGCAUACAACUGGCUCAUUGUCCUCCCCGCCGAACUCUCCGCCGCCGCUCUCCUCGUCGAAUACUGGACCGACGUCAACGCCGGUGUCUUCAUUGCCAUCUUCCUCGUCGCCGUCGUCUCCAUCAACUUGCUCGGCACACGUGCCUACGGAGAGGCCGAGUUCUGGUUCGCCUCCAUCAAGGUCAUCACCAUCGUCGGCCUGAUCAUCCUCUCCAUCUGCAUCGACCUCGGUGCCGGCAAGGAGGGCCGCAUCGGCUUCCGCUACUGGAAGAACCCCGGUCCCUUUGUUCAGUACUCUGAGAUCGCCGGAUCUUGGGGACGCUUCCUCGGAUUCUUCUCCGUCCUGAUCCAGUCUGCCUUCUCCUACAUUGGUACCGAGAUCGUCGCCAUCGCCGCCGGUGAGGCCCGCAACCCCAGGAAGUCGGUCACCAGCGCCAUCAAGAAGGUCUGGAUCCGAAUCGUCUUCUUCUACGUCGUCGGUACCUUCUGCAUCGGUCUCGUCUGCCCUUCCAACGCCCCCACCCUCACCAAGGGUGCCAAGGUCAACCGAUCUCCCUUCGUCGUUGCCAUCCGAGUUGCCGGUAUCAAGGGUCUUCCUUCCGUCAUCAACGCCGCCCUGAUCACCUCGGCCGUCAGCGCUGCCUCGUCGGACAUCUACACCUCGUCCCGAGCCAUCUACUCUCUGUCCAUCGCCGGCCAGUUGCCUCGAAUCUUCGCCAGGACUACCAAGCGAGGACUCCCUUACGUCUCUGUCCUCUUCUCUGUCCUCUUCUCCUUCCUCUCCUUCCUCGACCUGGGCAGCGGUUCUUCCGUCGUCUUCAACUGGUUCGCCUCGAUGACUGCCGUCUGCGGUCUGUCUUCUUGGUUCUGCAUCGGUGUCAUGCACGUUCAGUUCACCAGGGGUCUCAAGGCUCAGGGUCUUGACAAGAAGAGCCUCCUGCCCUUCGUCGCUACCGGCAGCACCUUCAUGUCGUGGUGGGUCAUCUUCUGGACCUCCAUCGUCAUCCUCUUCUCUGGCUUCGACGUCUUCCUGGCUGCCAACGCACCCUUUGACGUCUCCACCUUUGUCACCACCUACAUUCCCAUCCCCGUCUUCCUCAUCAUGUUCUUCGGAGCUUGGAUCUACUACGGAAAGGACUCGGUCGUCAGCGUCCAGAACAUCGACUUCUUCACCGGUAUCAAGGAGAUCGAGGCUGACACCUACGAGGAGCCCGCUCCCAAGAACCUCUGGGAGAAGACCUGGAAGGUCAUCUGCUAA